CUUUUUACACUUGCUUUUCCAGAUGGCCUAAAGGCAGAAUUGUUGAUUGCAGCUACUUCUGUUUCUCCUACUAAGGAUCACCCGUGGCUGGAAAGGCCAGGAGCGCAUUAAGUGAAGAAGGGGACUGUUCUCCAUUUGGGGUACAGGAUCCUCCAAGGCAAAGUAAUAUAGAAGAGACCACUCGCAAGCACCUGGUGAGCCAGGGGUAAAGCUUUACUUAAACUGAUAUCCGGCAACUCUUCUCUUAAGAGAGGAUCUUUGUUGACCACCUUAUUGUGAACCGGGAAAGAGAGUGUCCUGCAGCAGGAGGGGAUGGUUACAAUCGCUGUCCUGUAACAGGAGGGAGAAAGCCAGACAGCUGACACCCCUCAAGAUCCUGGGUUCCCUUCCCAGCGCGUGGACUAUAUAGGUAGGAGCCGGGGGAAAGGACCACAUUUUGCAGCAGCCUUUUGGGAAUGCUAAAGAGACCGAAGCCACCAGCAUCAUGCAGCCCUGCCCCGAGGAGAUGGACAGCCCAGAGAAAGACCAGGGCAAGUGGACUCUGCUCCGGAAUGUGAACCAAGCACUGAAACCCUCGACUCUCCUAUCGGGGGACUAUGUCUGGAUGGACCUCAAAACUGGCCGGGAAUUCGAUGUUCCCAUUGGCGCGGUGGUCAAACUUUGUGACUCCGGACAGAUCCAGGUGGUGGAUGAUGAAGACAAUGAGCACUGGAUUUCCCCUCAAAAUGCCAGCCACAUCAAGCCCAUGCACCCAACCUCGAUCCAUGGGGUGGAGGACAUGAUCCGUCUGGGCGACCUGAACGAGGCCGGGAUCCUGCGGAAUCUGCUCAUCCGCUACCGGGAGCACCUCAUCUAUACUAAUUGCGGCGGGAGGACGUAUACAGGAUCCAUCCUGGUGGCAGUGAACCCCUACCAGCUCUUACCCAUCUACUCGCCUGAGCAGAUACGCCUGUACACCAACAAGAAGAUCGGGGAGAUGCCACCACAUAUCUUCGCAAUUGCUGACAAUUGUUACUUCAACAUGCAGCGCAACAAUAAGGAUCAGUGCUGCAUCAUAAGUGGUGAAUCCGGUGCGGGGAAGACGGAGAGCACCAAACUGAUUCUCCAGUUCCUGGCUGCCAUCAGUGGGCAGCAUUCUUGGAUUGAGCAGCAGGUGCUGGAGGCAAACCCCAUAUUGGAAGCUUUUGGCAAUGCAAAGACGAUUCGUAAUGACAACUCCAGCCGGUUCGGUAAAUACAUCGACAUCCAUUUCAACAAGCGGGGUGCCAUUGAAGGGGCGAAGAUCGAGCAGUACCUGCUGGAGAAGUCCCGCGUCUGCCGACAGGCCCAUGAUGAGAGGAAUUACCACGUGUUUUACUGUAUGCUGAAAGGAAUGACACCAGAACAGAAAAAGAAGCUAGGUCUUGGGAGAGCCACUGAUUAUAACUACCUUGCUAUGGGUAACUGCACCACCUGCGACGGCAGAGAUGACAGUAAGGAGUAUGCAAACAUUCGCUCCGCCAUGAAAGUCCUGAUGUUCACGGACACUGAGAACUGGGAGAUCUCAAAGCUUCUGGCUGCCAUACUGCACAUGGGCAACCUGCGGUACGAAGCACGGACGUACGAUAACCUGGAUGCCUGCGAGGUUCUGCAGUCUGCAUCCUUAAUCACUGCAGCUUCAUUGCUGGAGGUGGAGCCUCAGGAUGUGAAGAACUGCCUUACUAGCCGUACCAUCAUCACCAGAGGAGAGACAGUCUCCACCCCGCUCAGCAUGGAGCAGGCACUGGAUGUGAGGGACGCUUUUGUAAAGGGAAUCUAUGGGCGACUUUUUGUGUGGAUUGUAGAGAAGAUUAAUGCUGCCAUUUACAGGCCUCCCUCCCAAGAACUCAAAAAUGUCAGGAGGUCCAUCGGGCUUCUUGAUAUCUUCGGCUUUGAGAACUUCACUGUGAACAGCUUCGAGCAGCUGUGCAUUAACUUUGCAAAUGAGAAUCUGCAGCAGUUCUUUGUGCGCCACGUCUUCAAGCUGGAGCAGGAGGAAUACAACCUGGAGAAUAUCAACUGGCAGCACAUAGAGUUCACUGACAACCAGGAUGCCCUGGAUAUGAUUGCCGUCAAACCCAUGAAUAUCAUCUCGCUCAUUGAUGAGGAGAGCAAGUUCCCUAAGGGUACAGAUACCACAAUGCUGUAUAAGCUGAAUUCCCAGCACAAGCUUAACACCAACUACAUUCCUCCAAAGAAUAACUACGAAACCCAGUUUGGGAUUAACCACUUUGCUGGGAUAGUCUACUAUGAAACAAAAGGGUUUUUGGAGAAAAACAGGGACACGCUCCAUGGAGACAUCAUUCAGCUGGUUCAUUCUUCAAGAAACAAAUUCAUCAAGCAGAUCUUCCAAGCUGAUGUGGCUAUGGGAGCGGAGACGAGGAAGCGCUCGCCGACGCUCAGCAGCCAAUUCAAGCGCUCACUGGAGCUGCUGAUGCGAACCCUCAGCGUGUGCCAGCCCUUCUUCGUCCGCUGCAUCAAACCCAAUGAAUAUAAGAAGCCCCUGUUGUUUGACCGGGAGCUGUGUGUUCGCCAGCUGAGGUACUCAGGGAUGAUGGAGACGAUCCGGAUCCGCCGAGCUGGCUAUCCCAUCCGCUACACCUUCGUAGAGUUUGUGGACAGAUACCGCGUCCUCAUGCCAGGGGUGAAGCCGGCAUAUAAGCAGGGGGACCUGCGUGGGACAUGCCAGCGGAUCGCUGAAGCUGUGCUAGGGAAAGAUGAUGACUGGCAGAUUGGGAAGACAAAAAUAUUCCUGAAGGAUCACCACGACAUGCUGCUGGAGAUUGAAAGGGACAAGGCCAUCACAGACAAGGUCAUCCUCAUCCAGAAGGUGGUGCGUGGAUUUAAAGACAGGUCCAAUUUCCUGAAAGUGAGAAACUCGGCCCUGAUGAUUCAGAGGUACUGGCGAGGACACAACUGCCGGAAGAAUUACGGAGCCAUGAAGAUCGGGUUCCUGAGGCUCCAGGCCCUCUACCGUUCACACAAGCUGCACAAGCAGUACCACAUGGCUCGUAGGCGCAUCAUCGACUUCCAGGCACAAUGCCGCGGUUACCUUGUGCGUAGGGCUUUCCGCCAUCGGCUUUGGGCUGUCCUCACGAUCCAGGCCUAUGCCAGGGGCAUGAUUGCCCGAAGGCUGUAUAAGCGCCUGAAGGGAGAAUAUCGCCGCCGCCUGGAAGCAGAGAAACUUCGGCUGGCAGAAGAGGAGCGUCUCCGAAAGGAGAUGAGCGCCAAGAAAGCCAAAGAGGAAGCUGAAAAGAAGCACCAAGUGCGCCUGGCUCAGUUGGCCCGGGAAGAUGCUGAGAGGGAGGUGAAAGAAAAGGAGGAAGCCCGCCGGAAGAAGGAAUUCUUAGAAAAGAUGGAGAAAGCCCGAAACGAGCCAGUGAACGACUCGGACAUGGUGGACAAAAUGUUUGGAUUCCUCGGUACAACUACCUCACUUCCAGGCCAGGAAGGACAGGCGCCCAAUGGCUUUGAGGACCUCGAGCGUGUCCAGAAGGAGCUGGAGGAAGAAGAUUUAGAUGCAGCUUUGCCCCUCCCUGAGGAAGAGGAGGAAGACCUCUCAGAGUACAAGUUUGCCAAGUUUGCAGCCACGUACUUCCAGGGCACGACAACACACACCUACAUCCGCCGGCCUCUCAAGCAGCCUCUUCUGUAUCAUGAGGAUGAAGGCGACCAGUUGGCAGCCCUCGCAGUGUGGAUCACUAUCCUUCGUUUCAUGGGAGACCUUCCUGAGCCUAAGUACCACACAGCAAUGAGUGAUGGCAGUGAGAAGAUUCCCGUGAUGACCAAAAUCUAUGAGACUCUAGGGAAGAAGACCUAUAAAAAAGAACUGCAGGCCCUACAGGGGGAAGGAGAGAGCAUCGAUGGACACAAGAAGAACAGUGUGAGGCACAAACUGGUCUCCUUGACUCUCAAGAAGAAGUCCAAGCUGACUGAAGAGGUUACCAAGAGACUUCAUGAUGGUGAGUCCACCCUCCAAGGCAACAGCAUGCUCGAAGACCGGCCUACCUCCAACUUGGAGAAGCUCCAUUUCAUUAUUGGUAAUGGCAUCCUCAGGCCAGGAUUAAGGGAUGAAAUCUACUGUCAAAUCUGCAAGCAGCUGACCCAGAAUCCUUCCAAAAGCAGCCAUGCCAGAGGCUGGAUCCUCAUGUCCCUGUGUGUGGGAUGCUUCGCUCCCUCUGAAAAGUUUGUGAAGUAUUUAAGGAACUUCAUCAAUGGAGGGCCUCCCGGUUACGCUCCGUAUUGCGAAGAGAGACUGAGGAGGACGUUUGUAAACGGGACGAGGACGCAGCCUCCCAGCUGGUUGGAGUUGCAGGCCACCAAGUCCAAGAAGCCCAUCAUGCUGCCCGUUACAUUUAUGGAUGGGACGACGAAGACGCUGCUAACUGACUCAGCGACAACAGCGAAAGAGCUCUGUAAUUCCCUGGCCGACAAGAUCAGCCUGAAGGACCGGUUUGGGUUUUCACUUUACAUUGCACUAUUCGACAAGGUCUCUUCCCUGGGAAGUGGCAACGACCACGUGAUGGAUGCCGUGUCUCAGUGUGAGCAAUACGCCAAGGAGCAGGGCGCUCAGGAGCGCAACGCACCUUGGAGGCUCUUCUUCAGGAAGGAGAUUUUCACCCCUUGGCACAACCCGAAUGAAGACAACGUGGCCACGAACCUCAUUUACCAGCAGGUCGUGCGGGGGGUGAAGUUCGGGGAAUACCGUUGUGACAAGGAAGAAGAUCUGGCAGAGCUGGCUUCCGAACAGUACUAUGUGGACUAUGGGACCGAGAUGGUUCUGGAGCGACUCCUCAACUUGAUCCCCUCCUACAUCCCCGACAGGGAGAUUACUGCUUCGAAAACCGUGGAGAAAUGGGCUCAGCUCAUUAUAGCUGCACAUAAGAAGGGAAUUUAUACUCAGAAGAGAGCAGACCCCAAAAAAGUCAAGGAGGAGGUGGUGGAUUUUGCACGUUUCAAGUGGCCUUUGCUGUUUUCUAGAUUCUAUGAAGCUUUCAAAUUUUCAGGGCCAAGUCUGCCCAAGAAUGAUGUGAUUGUAGCUGUCAACUGGACUGGGGUGUACUUUGUGGAUGAACAAGAGCAGGUCCUCCUGGAACUCUCCUUCCCAGAGAUCACCGCUGUCUCGAGCAGCAAAGGGGGAAAACUCCAAGGGCAGAGCUUCACCAUGGCCACCAUUAAAGGGGAUGAAUACACCUUCACCUCCAACAAUGCAGAGGACAUCCGAGACCUUGUGGUGAUCUUUUUAGAAGGACUAAGGAAAAGGUCAAAAUAUGUGGUCACUCUCCAAGACAACCCAAAUCCCGUGGGAGAAGAAUCUGGAUUCCUCAGCUUCCUUAAAGGAGACCUGAUCAUUCUGGACCAAGACACUGGAGAACAAGUAAUGAACUCAGGAUGGGCUAAUGGCGUCAAUGAAAGGACCAAACAGAGAGGAGAUUUCCCAACAGAUUCUGUUUAUGUUCUGCCUACUGUCACCAUGCCUCCUCUGGAGAUUGUGGCACUUGUCACGAUGACCCCUGACCAGAGGCAAGAUGUCAUUCGAUCAGCCCAGCAGUCAAUUUCGGACAGCGAAGAAAGGGUGAAGCCGUACACCUUGGAAGAAUUUUCCUAUGAUUAUUUUAGGCCACCUCCCAAGCACACCCUGAGCCGGGUGAUGAUCACCAAGAACCGAGGGAAAGACAAGCUGUGGUGCUACACGCGGGAGCCAGUCAAGCAGCCCUUGCUGAAGAAAAUCCAGGGCAGCGAGGAGCUGUCCCAGGAGGCCUGCAUGGCAUUCAUUGCUGUGCUCAAGUAUAUGGGGGACUACCCAUCCAAAAGAACCCGCUCAGUCAACGAGCUAACGGACCAAAUAUUUGAAGGCGCCUUGAAGGCUGAGCCCCUGAAGGAUGAGAUCUACUGUCAGGUCCUCAAGCAGCUCACGGACAACCACAUUAAGUAUAGUGAAGAGAAAGGCUGGGAACUGCUGUGGCUGUGUACGGGCCUUUUCCCUCCCAGUAAUAUUCUCCUGCCCCACGUCCAGCGGUUUCUCCAGUCCCGGAAACACCACCCUCUCGCUGGCGACUGCAUCCAGAGACUGCAGAAGGCACUGAGGAAUGGUUCCAGGAAGUAUCCCCCCCAUCUGGUUGAAGUGGAGGCGAUUCAACACAAAACCACCCAGAUUUUCCACAAAGUUUACUUCCCCGAUGACACCGAUGAGGCAUUUGAAGUGGAGUCCAGCACCAAAGCCAAGGAUUUCUGCCAGAACAUUUCCAACCGCCUGCUGCUGAAGUCCUCGGAGGGCUUCAGCCUCUUUGUCAAAAUCUCGGACAAGGUCAUCAGUGUCCCAGAAGGAGACUUCUUCUUCGACUUUGUCAGACACCUUACAGACUGGAUAAAGAAAGCAAGACCGGCAAAAGAUGGUAUAGUGCCUUCUCUCACCUACCAAGUGUUCUUCAUGAAGAAACUGUGGACAAACACCAUGCCUGGCAAGGAUCCCAUGGCUGACUCUAUUUUCCACUAUUAUCAGGAAUUACCCAAGUACCUGCGGGGCUACCACAAGUGCAGCCGGGAGGAGGUCUUGCAGCUGGCCGCGCUCAUCUACCGUGUGAAGUUUGAGGACGACAAGUCCUACUUCCCCAGCAUACCCAAGCUCUUGAAGGAGCUGGUGCCUCAGGACCUCAUCCGGCAGCUCGCUCCAGAUGACUGGAAACGGUCCAUCGUGGCAUAUUACAAUAAGCACGCGGGCAAAUCGAGAGAAGAUGCCAAGCUUGCCUUCCUGAAGAUUGUCUUCAAGUGGCCUACAUUUGGAUCAGCUUUCUUUGAAGUGAAGCAAACCACAGAGCCAAAUUACCCAGAGAUCCUUUUAAUUGCCAUCAACAAGCAUGGAGUCAGCCUCAUCGAUCCCAAAAACAAGGAUAUCCUCAUCACUCACCCCUUCACCAAGAUUUCCAACUGGAGCAGCGGCAACACGUACUUCCACAUCACCAUUGGCAACCUGGUGAGGGGGAGCAAGCUGCUCUGUGAGACAUCCCUGGGCUACAAGAUGGACGACCUCCUGACGUCCUACAUCAGUCAGAUGUUAACAGCCAUGAGCAAACAGAGGAGUGCAAAGGGGAGCAAGUGAAUUGAAAGAAGCCCCUGGCAGGUGACCCUGGAGCUAAUUCACCAGCUGGGGCCGGUGGGGUAUCCCUGCAGCUGGGGGAAGACCUUUUCCUCCCAGAUGUGGAAAAUGAGCCGGACUCCACAUGGCAGCUCUUCAGACUCUGACAUGGAGGGCUCGAACCCCACCUCCCCUUCCAGCGAGGAUGACUAUCUAUGACGAUGACCUCCAAACUCCCCCUCUCCAGCUGUUGAACCCCGCUGCGUUCUAGACCUCAAAGCUUUCCAGGUGACGCCACCGCUCUCAGACAGUGACUGAGCAACAGAGAAACUCCAACAGGAUAUUUAUCGUGGCACCAAGAGAAUGAACUGGUGAAGGACUGUGAGGAAAAGAUGAAUCACUCUUCAUAAGGAGAAACUGAUGCAGAUGUUACAGGUUUCUGAGAUGUUCCAGGCCUCAAAGACUUGCAGAUCACUAAUGCAGCCCUACUCCAGCAUGAAGCCAGAUCCUGUGAGCAGCCCAGGGCUUAUUUUGGCUGUUACAAAAGACCAUCCAUUUUCUGUUCUUAAAAAAAAAAAAAGAAACUAUGUUCAGGGGGUAAAAAAAAAAAAGUGCAUUAAAAUAGGAUUAAAAGUAGGUGAAAAAAAACACAUAUAGAACAGGACAAACCACAUGUAAAACAGGUGGUAUUGUGAAUGCACUGAAGAUUGGGCGCAUUUUGCUGGAAGUAUUUAAAGACCAAGUUUUGAAGUUCUGGUUCUUAUUCUUUUAUUUAUUUAAUUUUAAAAAAAAAAAGAAAAGUUAAAAAAACAAAACACAAAAACGCUGGUUUCUGGCAGGCUGACUCUGGGGCAAGUCAAUAGGAAGGCCUUGCUCAGCUCCAGAGGACUAACCCAGUAGACUCGCUCAGAGAUGCAUCUUCAAAAGGACAAGACUGAGGGUGAAUGGCCAUAGGUCAAGAUUUUCUAACCUGAGAGCAGCCUAAAGCUCAGCACCCAAUCCUGGUGGAGCAGCCUGGGAAUGAAGCUGCUGAGAUCAACUGACCCCCCACUUUCAGACUGCACCUAGGAGGAGCGUGAGUUGUAGCUAGAAGGCUACACAUAGAAGAAAGGGUGCCCAGCUUUAGGUCCCCAGGUCUGGAAAACCUCAACUGAACCAUGCCAUGGUGCGUGCAACCCUGCAUGUUUCAGGCGCACUGCCGUUCCUUUCUUUGCAAAGCAAAUGCAGUGCAGCGUUGCAUGCAUUUCAGCUGCGCUCACUGCACAGUUAUUGUGUAACAUCAGUCCGAGGUGACAGAGGAGGGCAGAGAUGCUGGAAGUGAAGAAUAAACCCUGGGUACCAAUCUAGUAACAGUCCUUCUUGUCUGAUUUGCCCCAGCAAUGGUAGGCUGAAACCCUCCCAAUCCCAAUUUUGACUGGCUUCCAUCUUUCCGUUAACUAAACCAAGACUUUACUGCCAGCCAGCCCCAAGCUCUGGGGAACAUCUAGAUCCAAAGCUGAGCUGCGUGUUGUAGAAACAUCUCUCCCUUUUAAAUGUAGCCCUUCUGAGCAGGUGAGGAUGCUGCUGACAGACAGGUGCAAUGAAGGCUAAAAAAUUGGCCCUGGCAAUACAAAUCCAAGUGUUUCCCAAUGCAGAGGAAACAACUUGUUACUCGCCUCAUACAAAGAGCUCAACACCUCUAUAAUCCUCCCCAAGAUCACAGGCUAUGUCCACCUGAUCCUACAAGUGGCCUCCUAUACACAAGAUGCCCCUGAGAUGGCCCCUGAGUCUCUUCUCCCAGCAGCACUGGGUUUCAGCGGCAGGUAGGGACAUCACCUUCUGUUUUAGGAGGUUUCAUGUUGCAUGGAUGAGCAAUAGAGAUAACUGCAAAGGAUGUGUUUGUUAGAACAAGGUGGGGCCACGUACAACCAGAGAGAGCACAGCAGGUUAAACUGGAAAGGCCCCGAAAUCUAAGUCUAAACAGAAUUCAUGCAUUCAGCACAUCUGAUCAUCUCUUGUGUCCUAUAUCUGUAACAAAAGACCUCAAUCAGUUGGGUCCUCUGGUGAGGUGGGAAUCGACCAACUUCAACGGGUUUUGGGUCUGGUCUCUGGUUUGCACAGCAGGUUUGCCACCUGCCAGUCAAGCCCUUCACCUCUGGGGCUGUUGCGAUCAAACAUCUUAAAGAUGGAAGGGACCUUACGCAUCCUACCCAAAGGCUGGCUUUGCUGCACCUAAAUGAUGGCACAGGGACUCCGUGUGUCACCAGGUAAAGUGCAGACAGGGCUCAAAGGGUUGUGUGGCUCCCAACAGGAUGCGCUAGAAAGGAAUGAGUUUGAAAGUACGUGGCAUCAGGCGAGGCCGUAGGACAAUUUUGGUCCUGGUGCCACUAAUGCUGAGUGGCUUUCCAUAGAAAUGGGCUUGGUUCUCUUGGUACCUUUGGGUGAGCUGGGCUAGUUUGAUAAAAGCAAUCUCCUUUUUUAACUCUACGAUGUCCUAAUCCCAGUAACUUCCUCAUCUGCUUCCCCUGUUCUGCUUUCCCUCCAUUCCUCUGCUCUCAGCACAUACUGUUCAUUGUCACGGCCUCAUUAUGCACAAAAAGCAAGACUUCCCAAGGGGCCAGUACCAAAUUAACUCCUGCUAUAGUGCAGGAGACACAGUACCAUCCUGGGGUUAAAGAAGUGAUCCUCCCUCCCACCUCCUCCCCAGCCCAGGUUGUUCCACCAGCCGAAUACAGCCACUGGGAUGCAAUUUUGCUCCAGCUCCCACCAGAGUCAAUCAAAGCAACUCACCUGAAGCUGUGUGCCUUGCACUGAGAUAAAAGCAGCAUGAAAGCAGAACUGAGCUCCCUGCAUCGCCACCAUCAUUGGCACUUUCCAGGUGAAACUCCCCCUAUCAAUUGCAAUGUUUAAUAUUUCACCAGUGACCCACUGCAGCCUGCUGCCCUGUCCCAAACCAGGUACUCUUCCCUUCCAGCUGCCUACUCCAGAGGUCUCCAGCAGUGUCCAGCUGUCUAGUGCUCUCACGCGCAGUAGACAGUACAACAUAUCACUGUUCUCAAUGGUUGUGCCACCUAGAGCCAUUCACCGCUGUGCAGGUUGUCAUGCAACGGCCUCGUUAACAUGUACCGCUCGUGCUCCCAGUCGUAAUUAUCCUGAGCGUGUGUUUCCUGUGUCCGAAGUCCGUUUGGAAUCCAUGUGUGUGUCAUACCGUGUGUGUCUUAGAGCCUGUUUGUUUGUAUUCACACAAGUGGUGUAACAUGAAAACUUCUGUCCCGGUGAAAUACUCUAAUAAAAAAAAUAAAAUAAAACCGUGCACGGGAGGCUCUUCA